CCUCCUUCGUGUUUUGCAGUUUAUGACACCGGUCACGAAACUCGUGUGAAAUCACUGCGAUUAAAACAGUUUUAAAAUAUUUCAUUAGCAAAAAUGGAUACAACUGUGAGUCUACCACACCAACCCGACAAAACCACCACAAUAACUUUGGUGGAGACCAACAGUAAUCCUAGUGGAAUGGUGCUGGUUAGCCCCUACCAAACUAAUCGGGUUGGGGAUCCUAUGGAUCUGGUUGUUCUGGCACAGCAAGUACAAAAGGGAGAUGAGUUUAUCAGAGCCAAUGCUUGCAACAAACUCACAGUCAUUGCUGACCAGAUACGAUAUCUUCAGGAGCAGGCAAGAAAGGUGUUGGAAGAUGCCAAGAAAGAUGCUGAACUUCACCAUGCAGCCUGCAAUGUUGUGAAGAAACCAGGAAACAUGUACUAUCUGUACAUGCGUGAAUCUGGACAGCAAUACUUCUCAAUUUUGUCUCCAAGGGAAUGGGGUCCAAACUGCCCUCACAAGUUCCUUGGUGGAUACAAACUCCAGCAUGACAUGUCUUGGACGCCACAAGAGGUGGUUGAAAAGAGGGACGCUGAAAUUGCCAUCAUGGACAAACUGUUGAACAGCCAAACAGCUCUGCCGGCUUGCACAGAGCCCAACUUUGAGAGUCUUUCAAAGUGAGACUUAACCGGCUGUGGAAGCCACCAAGAUUUAAAGGCUGGUUUUAAUUUGCAGGGCAAAUCAAUGAAUAGCUUUAGUUUUAAAGUGCAUUUGACCUUUCAGUCUCCUUCCAUAGAGAAAGAGUCAGUCAUCAGUCAGAUGUUUUGCUUUUACUCCUGGGCCAUACUGUGGACAAAACUGUUUUUCCCUGAUAUUAUCAGGAUCUUUAAAAUCUGUCAUUUAUUCAUUUAUUUAAAGGGAUAGUUCACCCCAAAAUGCAAAUUAUGUCUCUUCUGAAAAACUUAUCCUCAUGUCAUUUUAAAUCUGUAUGAUUUUCUUUCUUCUGUGGGACACAAGAGGCAAAAGUUUGAAGAAUGUUGAUGCUGUUCUUUCUUCCAUGCAAUGCAAGUGAAUGGUGUGGAGCCCUUAGAGGACAGGAACGGAAUUUAUUAGUAGCAGCUUUGCUUUACCUCGCAAUAGCUUUAUCCAUCCCUUAUGACAAUUAACCAUGGUUUCACCACUGUAACCAUAGUUUAGCUGUGGUAUUUGUGGUAAAACCACACUAACCACAAAAUAUUCCAUGGUUUUACUACAGUAACCAUUUUGUUACCAUUAUAGUUAUAAUAAAAUCUUAAGAAAACCAUUAAAAAUCAAUCUUUCUUCUAUAAAACAGUUUUACUAUAGUAACAUCAUGGCUAAUUUGUGGUACAUGUACCUACCAAAAAACAUGGUUACUGCAGUUUUACAUAAGGGCAUGUUUUUUAGUAGGAACCAUGUUUUUAAAACCAUGGAAGUUAAUAAACCAUGGUGUUACUGUAGUAAAACUGUAGUAAACAUAAUUUUGUUUCUCUCAGAAUGAUUUUUAUUACUAUAGUUUUUGUUUUCCUAUGGUUUUACUUCAAGUAGCAUGGUUAAAACAUGGUUACUGUUGUAAAACCAUGGUGAAUUUUGUCAUUAUGGUUGAACUAUGGCUACUGUAUAUGUAUAUUGCUAUGGUUUUACUAAAAAUACAAUAGUCAAUUCCUAAUAAUCUGCCUUACAUCUCCAUUUGUGUUCCAAAAAAGAAAGAAAGUCAUAAGGUUUUUAAACAUCACGAGGGCAAGAAAAUGAUGACAUAAUUUUGGGUAAACUAUCCCUCUGUGUUCUAAAACUUAUUUAAAAGGUUUUAAUGGGAAAACUUUUAAGUAUUUUUUGUUCUGAAUGUUGCUUUCACAAAUGUAUCUUUUAAUUCAAGAACAACACAUCUUGGGCCCAUUAAAUAUUCAUUCAAUAAUUCA